ACCCCCUAAACCCACCCACCCAUCUCACUCUGUGAGCUGAAAUUACUGUUUUUCUCUGUAUUUUCAUGUCUUCUUCCAUUUUUGCUGCUGCCUUGCUCUGUUCUACUCAUUUUUCAUGUGCUCUGCUUCACCAGAUUCAACCACUCUUCUCUGAUUGCUUACACUAUGGAUUCCAUUUGAGGGUUUUGUCCAAUCUUGGAAGAUGAAUGAUCAAAAGGUGUUAAUUUUUGGGUCAUUUACGGAAGAUGAGAUUAAAACUUUGCAAAGCCAGCCAACAACAACUGAUGUAGGGAUCACAUUUGGUUCUUUGGAUUCUGCAACUCUGAAAUCUGUGGGCCUUUUCAACGCUAAAUUGACCGACCUUGAUCAUUCUAAGAAACCUCAGCCACCAGAGCUUGCUCAUAAAGAGAAUGUCGCCGAGGGUCAUAGCAAUAUAGUGAAAACCAUAAAGUCAGCAGGCAAAACUAUAAAGGAAUAUGGUAGUUCUAGUUUUACAAAUCCUGAUUACAAUAGGAGUGUGACAGAUUCGAAAACUUUCCAUGAAUUACAUCCAACAGUAAACACCCGAAGUGCUUAUUCAUCAGAGAAAUCAAGCUUAUCUGAAUUGUCUAACAGUGUGGAAGACGUUAAUUUGACAAAUCAACUCAAAAACUAUAACUUGCUGAAUGGUAGACAUAAGUCUUUAAAUGGGUCUGCUGUGGUUUUCAGAAGUUUGUUAGCUCGAGGGUUGGUCAACUUGGGGAACUUGUGCUUUCUUAAUGCAACUCUUCAGGCUCUCCUCUCGUGCUCUCCUUUUGUUCAUCUCCUGCAAGAACUCAAAACACGUGAUAUAUCACAGGCUGGGUAUCCAACUUUACAUGCCUUUAUUCAGUUCAUAUCUGAGUUUGGCAUAUUCAGUGAUUCUAGCAUGAAGAAAAAGGAAACAAUAUUUCCAGAAAUUGGGCAGCCUUUUCGACCUUUAAUGUUUGAAUCUGUCCUACAAAACUUUACUCCGGAUGUCCCAAAUAGCUUGACCGGUAGACCGAGGCAGGAAGAUGCUCAGGAGUUCCUCAGUUUUCUCAUGCAUCAGAUGCAUGAUGAAUUGCUAAAGUUAGAGGGUCAAGUACCAAAUGGUAUCGGGAGAAACUCCUCUGUGGUUUCAUCAACAGAUGAUGAGGAAGAGGAUGAUGAUUGGGAGACUGUUGGCCCAAGGAAUAGGACUGCAGUUACUAGAACACAGAGCUUUGUCCCGUCAAAAUUGAGUGAAAUUUUUGGAGGCCAAUUGAAGAGUGUAGUGAAGGCUAAAGGUAACAAAGCCUCAGCAACAGUACAACCAUUUCUUCUGCUCCACCUUAACAUUUUUCCAGAGCCUAUUUGCUCAAUAGAAGAUGCACUUCGGAUGUUUUCUGCACCAGAGGCACUUGAAGGAUAUCGAACAUCAGGAGCUGGAAAGGCCGAAGUAGUCAGUGCCAGCAAGUCUGUUAAGAUUCUGGAGCUUUCUGAUAUAAUGGUGUUGCAUUUAAUGCGCUUUAGCUACGGAAGUGAAGGGAGCACCAAGUUGCAUAAACCCGUGCACUUCCCUUUGGAGCUUGUGUUUGGACGUGAAUUACUUGCCUCUCCCUCUUCUGAGGUUAAGAGGUAUGAACUCGUUGCGACAAUCACUCAUCAUGGAAGGGACCCUUCAAAGGGUCAUUAUACGGCCGAUGCCCGUCAUCAAAGUGGCAAGUGGCUGCGUUAUGAUGACGUGUCAGUCACAGUCAUCCCGAAAAGCUCGGUGCUGCAUGAUCAAGCGUACGUUCUCUUCUACAAACAGUUGUAACUUGUAUUU